AUUAUAUAUACUGACCUUUCAUCUGAUCUAAGACAUCAGAUCAAGGAAAACAAGAAUCAAAACCAAGCAAAGUUAACUCGCUCAAGAAACAACAACAAUGUCUCUAGUUCCAAGCCUUUUCGGAGGACGCAGGUCAAACGUUUUCGAUCCGUUCUCACUAGACGCAUGGGAUCCAUUCGAGGGCUUCUUCACUCCUUCCGCGUUAGCAAACGCUUCCGGCUCAACCGCUCGUGACAUUGCAGCGUUUACGAACGCGAGAGUGGACUGGAAGGAGACGCCCGAGGCACACGUGUUCAAAGCUGAUUUGCCAGGGCUGAAGAAAGAAGAGGUGAAGGUUGAGGUUGAAGACAAGAACAUACUUCAGAUAAGCGGAGAGAGGAGCAAGGAGAACGAAGAGAAGAACGACAAGUGGCACCGCGUGGAGAGGGCAAGCGGGAAGUUCAUGAGGAGGUUUAAGUUGCCGGAGAAUGCGAAGAUGGAGGAGGUGAAGGCGACAAUGGAGAACGGUGUGCUAACGGUUAUGGUGCCGAAAGCGCCUGAGAAGAAGCCUGAAGUUAAGUCUAUUGAUAUCUCUGGCUAAGCCACUGGGGAGGAAGAUGAAUGAUUGAAGAUUUGGUGUGUGGAAUAAAAAGCGUGUUUGAUUUAAAAGUUUGUGUUAUCUUUUAGUUUGUUGUGUUGUGAAAUUGUGGCUUUUCUUAAACCGUGAAUGUAAGAUGUUAUUACAGUGAAUAAACGAAUGUUUCUAUAGUCU